CGAAUAGUAUAGUAGAAAGCAUGUAUGACAUGUCUCAAUCGUCUUUUGUUUUCCAGCAACCCGCCUCAACUUUGAUUUCUCUUAUGGCCCCCAUAUUGGAUUUUUGGAUUUGUGAAAAAGGUGUAAAAUUUCCAGUCUAGUGAUGUUUCAAAAGUGCGUAAAAGAUUGGAGUACCACCGAAAUAUCAUCACAUGUGUGUAUCAGACAUAUAAUUACCUUAAGCCCAGAAAAAAUUCCAGACUUGACAGACACCGAGUUUGAACGGACUUACAUACCCAUUCCUGAGUGUCAUGCACCAACAAUAGAAGAUAUUUUCAAGUUUAUAAGUACUAUACAGUUUUGUAAGAAAAGAGGACUGCCAGUUGGAGUUCAUUGCCGUAUGGGCCUUGGCCGGACGGGUGUUAUGGUUGCUGUCUAUCUAAUGUAUUUCCACGGCAUGGAGCCCAUUCAAGCACUAAGGAACCUUCGCUAUUUGAGACCUGGCUCUGUGGACUCUGAAGUACAAGAGAAGUGUGUAUUAGAGUACCGACCAAACGCAAAGAUCAGCAAUGAUAACAGGAUACAGAAGAUUACCAAAGAAGGGAAUCAUUUGCUAUCACUUCUCAGGGGAGACAACAGGACUGGUGUCUUGGGACCUCCUAGGAAAUGGGACAUAGCUGGCAUAUCUGAAUGCUGAAAUAUUUUCUUUUAUAAAAUCAUCAAUAAAUCUGUUAGAAGGUAAAUUACAGCUUUUUAAUGAAUGAAUAAUAAACGAUGAGUUGAAGCAAUAAACUCUGGUAGAAUCUGCAGCUGGUAAUUGUUUAUUCAGUGACACAGAAGACCUAGCAAAAAUGAUUUAAUGUGCAUGAAAUUUUAUAUUCAGUUGACAUGAACAAAACGAAGCCAUGAUUGAAUUUUGGAGUGAUAAUAUUCAGUUAUAUGCACCUAAUAACAAUGUAAGUGACAAAUUUCAGCAGAGCUACUUCAUUUUUUAGCAACUGCAGUAAAAAUUUUUAACAUUAAGUAGUAUUGUGGAUGCAUAUGUACUUCCAACAUGACGGCGCAGCUGCGCAUUAUCAUAAUCGUGUGCGUAACUAUCUGGACACCUGGA